UUCCCGACCUGGACGGUUCCAGCUGGUUCUUGAGGAACCGCCGCCGGGUGUUGGAGGCCAGUCGAGAAGCGAAUGGGAUGAUGGUAUCGCUGGAGCCGCCUCCACCGCCACCGUCCGACGGCUACGAAGUCCGGGCCUUCAGCGAGGCGGCCGUGCCUGGGGGCGCCUGGGCCAACAACCUCAACGUGAGCGCGGGCAGCGUGGAGGAGCAGCCGCGCUGCGGAGUUGCCGCGCUGCGCUUCAUUGAGAGGGAGGUCGAGAAGGGCCAGUUGAGCCACCAGCUGCUCUUCGACCUGCUGACACGUGCGGUCACGCUGCAGCCACUGCCAGAGGAUCCGCCACACCUGGUGGCCGCAUGCCUAACGCGGGCGCACGGGCCUGCCUCGGCCGCGCUGGCAGCCCUCUGCCGCAGCGAGGCGCUGGGGCUGUCGCUGCCGAGGGCGCCGAAGAAGCAGGGCAUCCUGCCCACGACUAUGCAGCGGGGCUGGCUCAAGGAGGUCCGCGAGAAGUUGGCGAUGGACGUGAGGGACAACCCGCUGCCGGAGCCGCCGCCGCCCGCGCCGAUUCAGCGGGGGGUGAUGCUGGAGGCGAGCCACCAGACUGCGUGCUGGCCCUUCGCGCAGGCGGCGGACCGCCACUGCCAGCCCGUCCGCGGGCUCCCGGAGCGGCGCGUCCCGCUCCAGGAGCUGUGCUCCGCCUUCGUGUCCCGGGCCACCCAGCCCGCGCAGGACCCCGCCUGGGCCCCCUGGGUGCUGGGCGAGCUCGAGAGGGACUGGCGCUGCACCCCGAGAGGGCUGCGCUGGGUGGGGCGGCUGCGCGAGGCCGCCAGCGAGCUGCGGGUGCCCUCGGAGGUACCGGUGUUGCAGCCGGGGUGUGCCGCGGGGCUCUCCGCGGCGCUGGCGCGGCAGCUGGCCGAGGACCACGCGCAGGCGACGGAAGCGACGGCGAGCGCGGAGGCCGCCGCUGCCGCUUUUCAGGGCCCCGACGGCGAGCUGCGGCAGCUCGAGGCGCGGGGCGGGCUGAAGCCGAGGCUGGACUUCGCCGCGCUCCUGCGCCUGUGGAUGUCCGCGGACGCGGAGGGCGUCCUCGCGGCCCUUGGCUCCGAGGCCUCGACGCUGGACUGGGUGGCGCAGGCCCUGUUCCUGCACGUCCGCACCCAGCAGUGCACCGCCGCACUGCGCGAGCUGCGGGCGGACCUCGAGCGGUCGGGCUCCAGUGCUGCGCAGAGCCAGGCGGUGCCGGAGGAGAUCUCGAAGGAGCGCCACUACCUGCAGAAGGGCCCGGGGCACGCCCAGCUGGACCCGCGCAUGCUGGCGGGCGAGUUCCUGUUCGGCAUCAUGCUGCGGGAGUCGCAGGUCGUCGUGCUGAGAGCCUUCCUCACGGGCGGCGGCGACGCGAGGGUGAACCAGGUGCUCAUGGGCGGCGGGAAGACGUGCGUCAUCUUGCCGCUGGCCGCGGCCCUCCUGGCCACCCCGGAGCGGCUCUUCGUUGCCAUCAUGCCGCCGAGCCUCCUCGCCUUCUCCCGGCUCCAACUGCGGCAGCGGCUCGCCAGCCCGGUGCUCGGCGUCCCGGUGCUCACCUUCGCCUUCACCCGCUCCACCGCCGUCACCUCGGAGAUGCUCCAGCGGCUUCUGCACGCGCGCCGCCGCCGCAGCGUCAUCUGCGCGGCGCCCGCCAGCGUCAAGUCGCUGUUGCUCAGGGCCGCCGAGCUCGCCAGCCCUCGCACGGCUGCGGGCAAGGCCGCCGCCGCAAGCGGUGGGUUCCGGCGCUUCUUCCACAGCAUGAAGACUGCCGAGUCCAUGGUCACUGGCGUCGCAGAGGAGGAAACGUUUGCCGCCCAGAUGGCGGAGUCCAUCGACGGCGGCGGCGCCAGCGUGAGCGCCCUGUCGGUGGUCCGCGAGGCCCUCGCGGUGCUGCAGGGCGGCGUGUCGCUGAUCGACGAGAUCGACUGGGUCUUGCACCCGCUGAAGAGCGAGCUGCACUGGCCCUGUGGGCAGCAACGGCCGCUGGACCUGACGGAGCCCGCGAAGGGGAGCCCGGAGCCUGGGCUCCGGUGGCGGCUCAUGAGCGCGCUCCUGGACGCCGUGCACGCUCCGGAGGGCCCCGUGCAGGACCUGCUGGAGCAGGCCGCCGCCGCGCACAUGGUGACCCUGCGGCCGCACCCGGUGGUCCUGGACCGCGACUGGUACUUCCGCGCCAUGCUGCCGCUGCUGGCGCAGGAGCUGGUCCGCUUCCUGCAGCACCGCACGCCCGUGCCGACUGGGGAGCUGCUGGACUUCCUCGUCCGCGGCAGGUGCGGCAGCACCCUCCGGCGGCUGCCAGACGUGGAGGCGAAGCUCGUGACGCUGGCGAAGCAGCUCCUCGGCAGCGUGUUGCCGCACCUCCUGAGCCUGCCCCACCGGGUCCGCUACGGCCUGCUGCACGACGAGGCCCCGGGCACGACGCCUGCCUCCGAGGCUCUGCUCGAGGGCCCCUCCCGUGCGUCGCUCGGCCGGGGGGCCAGGCGGGAGCUGCUGGCCGUGCCGUUUGUGGGUAAGGACUGCCCCGCCCUCGCCUCCGAGUUCGCGCACCCGGACGUGGCCAUCUCGAGGCGGGACUUCGCGCUGCUGGCGAAGCUGCUGCGCCUCGAGAUGAACGAGGACGAGGCCCGCCUGGACGUCGCCCCGGCGGCCAUCCCGCAGGACGGUCUGGAGGAGCUGCGCAACAGCGUGUGGCCCCUGGAGAGGGUCACGAUGAAGGACGAGGCCCAGAUCAGGGUUCUGUGGUCCCUGCUGCGCUUCACUCCGGGGGCCAUGAAGCACUACCUCUUCGAGCACGUCUUCCCGUCAGUCAUGGGCCUGAGCGACUCGCAGCUCUCGUGUACGGCACAGGAGUUGGGCAGCUCGGUGCUCUUCCACCGCCGCCUCGGCUUCAGCGGCACGCCCUCGGAGGUGCUGCCCGCCGGCAUGGGUGAGGUCCACUACGAGAAGGGGUGUGACGCCCGCAUCAUGGGAACUCUCCUAGACCCGCGCGUGGUCGUGCGGGCAGAGACGCUCGCGCAGGGCUGGGACCCUGAGGCGCUGCUCCGCCGUGCAGGAUGCGGCGAGUUCCACGCCCUCAUCGACGCCGGGGCACUCGUGGUCGGGAUAUCAAACGAGGAGGCCGCCAGGGUCAUCCUGCGGUCCCUCCCUCUCCAGCCCUUCGCCGGCGUCGUGUUCCUGUCUGCGGCCGACGAGUGUGUGGUGCUGCUGCGCGACAAUCGAGUUCUACCCCUCGCGGGCUGCGGUCUAUCCGCAGAGCAGCGGUUCACGUUCUAUGACCACGUGCACACGACUGGGCUGGACGUCCCCCAGGCCCACGCGGCCAAGGCGGCACUGACGCUGGGGAAGGACACGCUGUGGCGGGACUACGCGCAGGCGGCCUUCCGCAUGCGCGGCCUGGCCCCGCGCGGCCAGACGCUGCAGCUUCUGAUCCCACCGGAGGUCCAGCACCUGAUCGACCGGGCGGCCGCGCCGCCGGCCCCUGAGCCCGAGGAGGACAGUACCGAGCUCUCGGCAGUCCCAGACGGGCUGGACCGUGGGCCGGCCAAUGCCGAGACGCAGCGGCCCGCCGAUGCCUUCCGGGAUCGUCCCAGCGCUUGCGACGACCUCAUCUCGCUGUCGCCGGUCGUCUCUGGCGAAACUGCGACAGCGGCCCAGGGCACGGCCACCACAGACCUCCUAUCGCUGACGCCCGCUGCUCCCCCGGCGACUGGUGGGAAUGAGCGCUCGUGGUUCGACCACGCAGGGCAGCUCGCAGGAGUGCUGCGCUCCGCCGCGGGCCACGCAGGCCAACUCGCAGGCGGUUGGGCCACGCAGGGCAGCUCGAUCAGCACGACAGCGGACCACGCAGGGCAGCUCGCAAGGGUGCUGCGGUGGACCGGUGGCAACAGCCUGGCCAGUGAGGCCCAGCAGUUCACGCUGCUCUGUGAGCAGAACGUGGAGGCCCUGUGGCGUCAGCGUGCCUGGGCGGUGGUGCAGGGUCGCGGCUCGGAGGCAGGCCCGGGCGUCGUGGCGAGCCUGGCGGUGCUGCGGACCCCUCGGGAGGACGUCAUCCCGAACGACCCAGACCCCGUGGUCGAGGACAAGACGCUGGCGCAGUGCCUAGCCGAGCGCCUGCAGGCGAACUCGCACUGGCUGACGCCCGAGGUCGAGGCACUAGGGAGCAAGCUCAUAUCCGAGGCCGCGAGCUUGACGAGCGAGGGCGGUGGCAAGAAGCAGCGCGGCGCUGCGAGUUCCAGCGGCAGUGGCAUGGAGCAGGAGCAGGUGCAGGAGCAAGAGGAGGAGCAGGAGGAGGAGCAGGAGCAGGAGGAGGAGCAGGAGCAGGAGGAGGAGAUCGAGCGCGACGACGAGGACGAAGACGCCGCGGAUCAGAAGUACUCGCGCGAGGAGGAGGUCGACUUGCCUUGGAGCCCUGAGCUCCUGUCCAGGGCGCCUGAAUUUGGUGGAAAGGGCUUCCCAUUCUACAUGUGCAAGGACGGCCUGUCCGUCUACAACGGCAGGCUGCUGCAGGCACAGCAGUGCGUCGAGUUCCCGCCCUGGUUCGCCGCGUCGAACAACUACCUGCGACAGGCGUGGCGCCUGCGCGCCACGCGCCGGCUUAAGAACGUUGUCAUGCUGCUGGAGUGGGCCCCACCCAGCGUGUGGUCCUCUGCGUCGGGCGCCAACGCCAAGGCCGCCCUCAGCGCGGCCCUGCGCGCAUGCGAGCUCGACGGGGCGCAGGAGGAGCUCAGCCCAGAGCAGGCCCGUGGGCUCCUGGAGUGCCUGCACCAGCCGCCCCCUGGGGGCGGCGCGGCAGGGAAGCUGGACGUGGCGCUCAGCAGCGUCCGAGCGCUCCUGGGCCACCUGGAGCAGGCCGCGCCCGUCUGCCCGACGGAGCCGGGCAGGUUCUUCUGCCUCGUGUCGCUGUUCGAGGCAGAGCACCUCCGCGCGCUGCUGCACGCUCGCCCCUCGUACCGGCUGUGCGUCGCGCUGCGGGCGCCCGGCGUGUUCGAGGGCAUGCCCCUCGAUGCGGCCGCGGACUUCGUGCAGGGCCCCGCCUUCCAGGUCUACGCCGCGGAGCAGCUGUGCCGUUUCGUUGACUCCGAGUCCUCGUACAGCUCGCGCGAGCUCUGCGCCGUGGACUUGGCACUCGCCGGCAGCAACCACGCGGCGCGGCGAGCCUGGUGGGAGCAGGUGCGCCGGUGCCGAAGGAGAGCCCAGGCGCGAGACGUGCCCGCAUUGCCCGUGGCGGCUUUGCUGGUCCCGCCCGAGCAGCGCCACAAGGAGCACCUGGACAGCGCGGUCGCGAAGGUGAAGACGAUCCUGCGGCGCCGUGGCGUGUCCGCCCAGCAGCUCUUCAGCCAGAAUGCAGGCAGGGGGGACCUGCCCAUCGCCGCGGCGGACCUGGCCACGGGGCUGCAGCAACUGGGCAUGCUCAGCGCGGCCGAGGCCGGCAGGCUCGCCAUGGCCGCCGCGCUGCUCGACGCAGGCAGCGCUCCCAAGCAGGCCGAGGCGGCCAGGUACGUUCCACCCAAGCAGGCCGGGGCGGACCUGGACCUGCUGGGUGCGGGGCCAGCGGAGACGAGGGUGAGCCUCGCCGGCUUCUGCAAGCUGCUGGGGACGGUGCCCAAGGAAGCCGGCGAGGACGAGGACGUGGCGGAAACCAUGGCCAGCAACCCCGCGAGCCGCGGCAUCAUCGAGCGGGAGACGGCCAUCCAGUUCCAGUGUGGCCGCUGGCAAGUUCGAUUGGUUGCCCACGAUCGGUUUCUCUCCGUGUGGUCGUCGAAGCGUGUGCCUGGGACAGAGGCCAGGCCAUUCGGCAUCUGGCGCCCCGACGUCAAGGGCGCUGCCGGAGGCCCCUCCCUCCACAAGGGGCUCCGCGCGCUCGUGGGCGCGCGGAGCGAGGGCCGCACUUUCGUGCUGGGGGACCUCGGGGUUCGGGGCUUCGAGGCCCCCUCUGGCGGCCUCUCCCUGCAGGUGCGGCACGCCAAGAGCCCGCCGAAGGGCAGCGGUGCCGGCCUCGGGCUGGACGCCUGGCUCGCGCGGUUCCUGCCGAAGCCCGUGGCGUUCCGCCUGCUGUGGUUCGAUCGCCGCGGGGCCGAGGCUCUCGCCGAGCCCGGAAGGGGCGGGGGAGCGAGCUACGAGGGAUUGUACGUCUGGCGGCCCGUGCCGCCCAGCGAGCUCUUCGUCGCCGUGGGCGCGGUCUGCACGACCGACCACAGCGAGCCGAAGGACGUGGAGGUGCGAUGUGUACCGCGUGCCUGGCUGGUGUGCGGCGACUCUCUGGGCCCGACGCUGUGGAGUCUGGGAGAGCGUCAGGAGAUCCGGGUACAGGAGGACCUCGGCGAUGCCAUUGCGUGCCCUACGGAGAAUUUGCGCUACCUGCCAAGCUGGUCCUUCAUAUCUGACCGCUUCUUCGUAGGCUCGUAG